AUGAACCCCGAAUAUGACUACCUGUUUAAGCUGCUUUUGAUUGGUGACUCGGGCGUGGGCAAGUCAUGUCUGCUCCUGCGGUUUGCUGAUGACACGUACACAGAGAGCUACAUCAGCACCAUCGGGGUGGACUUCAAGAUCCGAACCAUUGAGCUGGAUGGCAAAACCAUCAAACUUCAGAUCUGGGACACAGCUGGCCAGGAGCGGUUCCGGACCAUCACUUCCAGCUACUACCGGGGGGCUCAUGGCAUCAUCGUGGUGUAUGACGUCACCGACCAGGAAUCCUACGCCAACGUGAAGCAGUGGCUGCAGGAGAUUGACCGCUACGCCAGCGAGAAUGUCAAUAAACUCCUGGUGGGCAACAAGAGCGACCUCACCACCAAGAAGGUGGUGGACAACACCACGGCCAAGGAAUUUGCGGAUUCCCUGGGCAUCCCUUUCCUGGAGACGAGUGCCAAGAACGCUACCAAUGUCGAGCAGGCGUUCAUGACCAUGGCUGCUGAGAUCAAAAAGCGGAUGGGGCCUGGGGCAGCCUCAGGGGGUGAGCGGCCCAACCUCAAGAUCGACAGCACCCCCGUGAAGCAGGCUGGUGGCGGCUGUUGCUAG